AUGGCCACCGAGAGGCCCAGCACGGACGAGAUGGCCACCGAGAGGCCCAGCGCGGCCGGGUCACCCAGCACAGCCCACACGCCUAGGGAGACGUCCAGGGAGACCCCCUGCGCAGCCGAGACGCCCACAGAAACGCCUAGCGCUGGUGAGAAGCCAAUGGCUGCUCCAGGGGCGCACGUCGCAAAUUCGCCUGAAGAUUUGAGGUUUAACUGA